AUGGAGACCCAGAGGGCCAGCCUCUCCUUGGGACGGUGGUCACUGUGGCUAUUGCUGCUGGGACUAGUACUGCCCUCGGCCAGCACCCAGGCCCUCAGCUACAGGGAGGCUGUGCUUCAUGCUGUGGAUCAGCCCACUGAGAAGUCCUCAGAAGCUAAUCUCUACCUUCUCCUGGAGCCAUCUCCCCCCAGCCUUGGUCACACUGAUGAAGACCUGGACAACCCGAAGCGUGUGAGCUUCAAGGUGAAGGAGGCGGUGUGCCCCAGGACGAGCCAGCAGUCCCCAGAGCACUGUGACUUCAAGGAGAAAGGAGUGGUGAAAAAAUAUGGGGUGACAGUCACCAUGGACCAUUGA